ACCCCAGGGUGCAGGCGGGGGCGUCAUGGGCUCUCAGAGGAAGAUGAACAGCUCCUUCAAGCGGGGCUCGCUCAAGAGCUCCACAUCGGGGUCGCAGAAGGGACAGAAAGCUUGGAUAGAGAAAACCUUCUGCAAACGGGAAUGUAGCUUCGUCAUUCCCAGCACUAAAGACCCCAACAGGUGUUGCUGUGGCCAGCUCACCAACCAGCACAUUCCCCCUCUGCCCAGUGUGACAUCGGCCAAAAACGGGGAGGAAAACCAAGAGCCAGAGACUCAGCCUGAGAAAUGGUCUGUUGGCAAACACACCCAGAGCUACCCAACAGAUUCCUAUGGGACUCUCGAGUUCCAGGGAGGUGGAUACUGCAAUAAAGCCAUGUAUAUUCGUGUGUCCUAUGACACUAAGCCGGAUUCGCUGCUGCAUCUCAUGGUGAAAGACUGGCAGCUGGAGCUCCCCAAGCUCCUCAUAUCUGUGCAUGGAGGCCUCCAGAACUUUGAGAUGCAGCCCAAGCUGAAGCAGGUCUUUGGGAAAGGCCUGAUCAAGGCCGCCAUGACCACGAGCGCCUGGAUCUUCACUGGAGGCAUCAGCACCGGUGUCAUCACCCACGUCGGCGAUGCCUUGAGAGACCACUCCUCCAAGUCCAGAGGCCGGGUCUGUGCUAUCGGCAUCGCUCCCUGGGGCAUCGUGGAAAAUAAGGAAGACCUGAUUGGGAAGGACGUGACCAGAGUGUACCAGACCAUGUCCAACCCCCUCAGUAAGCUGUCUGUGCUCAACAAUUCCCACACCCACUUCAUCCUGGCCGACAACGGCACCCUGGGCAAGUACGGCGCUGAGGUGAAGCUCCGGCGGCAGCUGGAAAAGCACAUCUCCCUGCAGAAGAUCAACACCAGGCUGGGCCAGGGCGUGCCGGUCGUGGGCCUCGUGGUGGAAGGGGGCCCUAACGUCUUCUCCAUAGUCCUGGAAUACCUCCGAGAAGAGCCCCCGGUGCCCGUGGUGGUCUGCGACGGAAGCGGACGCGCCUCGGACAUCCUGUCCUUCGCACACAAAUACUGUGAGGAAGGAAGGAUCAUAAAUGAGUCCCUCAGGGACCAGCUUCUGGUCACCAUUCAGAAAACGUUUAAUUACAGCAAGACGCAUUCGCACCAGCUGUUUUCGAUGAUCAUGGACUGCAUGAAGAAGAAAGAGCUCGUCACUGUGUUUCGGAUGGGAGCGGAGGGGCAGCAGGACAUGGAGAUGGCGAUUUUAACUGCCCUGCUGAAAGGAACGAAUGCAUCAGCCCCGGACCAGCUGAGCCUUGCACUGGCCUGGAACCGCGUGGACAUAGCACGAAGCCAGAUCUUUGUCUUCGGGCCCCACUGGCCGCCCCUGGGAAGCCUGGCCCCCCCGGCGGACAGCAAGGCCACGGAGAGGGAGAAGCAGCCACCCACGGCCACCACCAAGGGGGGCAGAGGGAAAGGAAGAGGCAAGAAGAAAGGGAAGGGGAGAGAGGAAGCAGAGGAAGAAACCGACCCCCGGAAGAUCGAGCUGCUGAACUGGGUGAACGCUUUGGAACAAGCCAUGCUGGACGCCUUAGUCUUAGACCGUGUGGACUUUGUGAAGCUCCUGAUCGAAAACGGAGUCAACAUGCAUCACUUCCUCACCAUCCCGAGGCUGGAGGAGCUUUACAACACGAGGCUGGGCCCACCGAACACUCUUCAUCUGCUGGUCAGAGACGUGAAGAAGGGCAACCUGCCUCCGGACUACCACAUCAGCCUCAUAGACAUCGGGCUGGUGCUGGAGUACCUCAUGGGCGGCGCCUACCGCUGCAACUACACCCGCAAGAGCUUCCGCACCCUCUACAACAGCCUGUUUGGACCCAAGAGGCCUAAAGCGCUUAAGCUUCUGGGAAUGGAAGAUGAUGAGCCCCCAGCCAAAGGGAAGAAGAAAAAGAUGAAGAAAGAGGAGGAAAUUGACAUCACCAUGGACGACCCGGCCGUGAGCCGCUUCCGGUACCCCUUCCACGAGCUGAUGGUGUGGGCCGUGCUCAUGAAGCGCCAGAAGAUGGCCGUCUUCCUGUGGCGGCGGGGCGAGGAGAGCAUGGCCAAGGCCCUGGUGGCCUGCAAGCUCUAUAAGUCCAUGGCCCAUGAGUGCUCCGAGAGCGAGCUGGUGGACGACAUCUCCCAGGACUUGGACAACAACUCCAAAGACUUUGGCCAGCUGGCUGUUGAGCUGCUGGACCAGUCCUAUAAGCACGAUGAACAGAUUGCCAUGAAACUGCUCACCUACGAGCUGAAAAACUGGAGCAACUCAACCUGCCUCAAGCUGGCUGUCGCGGCCAAACACCGAGACUUCAUCGCUCACACCUGCAGCCAGAUGCUGCUGACUGACAUGUGGAUGGGGAGGCUGCGAGUGAGGAAGAGCCCCGGCCUAAAGGUCAUAAUGGGGAUUCUUCUGCCCCCCACCAUCUUGUUUUUGGAAUUUCGAACCUAUGAUGACUUCUCUUAUCAAACAUCCAAAGAAAACGAAGAUGGCAAAGACAAAGAAGAAGAGACUCCGGACGCGAAUGCAGACGCUGGCUCGAGAAAGGGAGAUGAGGAGAGUGAACACAAAAAGCAACGGAGUAUCCCCAUUGGGACGAAGAUCUGCGAGUUCUACAACGCUCCCAUUGUCAAGUUCUGGUUCUACACAAUCUCGUACUUGGGCUACCUGCUGCUAUUCAACUAUGUCAUCCUGGUGCGCAUGGAGCGCUGGCCUUGCCUCCAGGAGUGGAUUGUCAUCUCCUACAUCGUGACCCUGGCGCUGGAGAAAAUCCGAGAGAUCCUCAUGUCGGAACCCGGCAAACUCAGCCAGAAGAUAAAAGUUUGGCUGCAGGAGUACUGGAACAUCACGGACCUGGUGGCCAUCUCCGUGUUCAUGAUCGGAGUGAUCCUGCGCCUGCAGAAGCAGCCGUACAUGGGCUACGGCCGGGUCAUCUACUGCGUGGAUAUCAUCUUUUGGUACAUCCGCGUCCUAGACAUCUUUGGCGUCAACAAGUACCUGGGGCCCUACGUGAUGAUGAUCGGAAAGAUGAUGAUUGACAUGCUGUACUUUGUGGUCAUCAUGUUGGUCGUGCUGAUGAGUUUCGGGGUGGCCCGGCAGGCCAUCCUGCACCCGGACGAGGAGCCCUCCUGGAGACUGGCCCGGAACAUCUUCUACAUGCCCUACUGGAUGAUCUACGGAGAGGUGUUUGCAGACCAGAUAGACCUCUACGCCAUGGAAAUUAACCCUCCUUGUGGUGACAACCAAUAUGACGAGGAGGGCAAGCGCCUCCCCCCCUGCAUCCCAGGCGCCUGGCUGACCCCGGCCAUCAUGGCGUGCUACCUCCUGGUGGCCAACAUCCUGCUGGUCAACCUGCUCAUCGCGGUGUUCAACAAUACCUUCUUUGAAGUAAAGUCCAUAUCCAACCAAGUGUGGAAAUUCCAGCGGUAUCAGCUGAUCAUGACGUUUCACGACCGGCCAGUCCUGCCUCCACCGAUGAUCAUUUUAAGCCAUAUCUACAUAAUCGUCAUGCGUCUCAGUGGUCGCUGCAGGAAGAAGCGAGAAGGGGACCAAGACGAGCAGGAUCGAGGACUGAAGCUGUUUCUCAGCGAGGAGGAGCUGAAGAGGCUGCAUGAGUUCGAGGAGCAGUGCGUGCAGGAGCACUUCCAGGAGAAGGAGGACGAGCAGCAGUCGUCCAGCGACGAGCGCAUCCGUGUCACCUGCGAGAGAGUUGAAAAUAUGUCAAUGAGGUUGGAGGAGAUCAACGAAAGGGAAAGUUUCAUGAAAACGACCCUACAGACUGUGGACCUUCGACUCUCUCAACUGGAAGAAUUAUCCAGCCGAAUGGUGAACGCCCUGGAAAACCUCAACGGGAUCGACAAGGCCGAGCUCGUGCAGACGCGGUCCCGGGCCUCCUCCGAAUGUGAAGCCACUUUCCUCCUGCGGCAGAGCAGUGCCAACAGCGCCGACAGCUGCAGCGUGUUCCGCUGCCACUUCCACGCGGAGGAGCUGUGUGAGGACGCGGUGGUCUCCAUGCCACCUGGGACUGGGUUCAGGCAAGAAGCCCGCUCCUUGGGCAUGAGGGAGGAAAAAGACCCGAAAGCGCACCUGAUCCCCGGGCGCCAGGGCAGCCUUCACCUCCCACCCGGAGCCAGCGCCAGCGCCCCGGCCACACCGGAGGGCAGUCGACUGGCCUUAGACAACGUAAAGCACGCUUCGGAGCCAAAAUCAGGCCCAGAGAUUGGGAUUUCAGCCGAAGGUGACCAAAGACAGGCCAACUCCAAAAAAGAAGAAACGACGUCUCCACGUUUACCUCCAACAGAUGUCACGCCUGGACUGAGUGAAUCGGAUUUGCAAACCACGCAGCUAACAGUGGAAACAGCAACGGUAGAAGGCGCUGUUUCUCACCCCCUGGAAGACAUAAAAAUGACACGCUGUCACCCCGAUGACGUGUUCAGGGCUUGUCACACUGUGAAGUCCAGGAGCUUUGUGUAUUCCCACGGCAGGAAGCGGAUCAGCAGGGUCAACAAGUGGAGCGCGGGACACAGUUCAGUCGUGGAUCAGGCGUGUCCCCCGGCGGUGCAGCAGUGGACCACGGAGUGGGAAUACCAGGUUCAGAAGAUCACGCGCUCUCGCAGCACCGACAUCCCCUUCGUGGUGUCAGAAGCUGCGGUGCAGGCGGAGCGUCAGGACCAAUGGACAGACACCGAGGGUGACCACUGUACACCUGAAACGGUCCCUCCCGCCGCUCGCUUGUCGCCAGCUGUUGCCGAGAGAACUGAGAAGGACAACUUACUGACUGUGAAACCAGACCAAGCUUUGGGGUUCCCGUCUUCAAGGUCGAAAAGUUUACACAGCCGCCCCAGGAAUGCUAAAGCCGUUCCAGGCAAAUUAGACAGACGUGGCCAUGCCAGCAGCGCAAGUAGCCUUGCAGCCGUGUCUGCGGUUAAAAGGGAGGAACAGCAAGCUAAGCAGGAGCGAACCUCCCCCGAGACUGAGUGCUAGCGUGUUUGGUUUCUCUGAUUUUUAAAUCGAAGCCACCGAUGAGUGCCGCCUUGGCCGUUUAAACAGCAUCAGUUUCCGAAAACGUUUUCAUGAAAAGCACUUGGCAGUUUGCACGUGUGAUAAAAAUUUAAUGCACUAAAUUUAAAGUAUUAUUUUGUUAGCAUCUGUUAGUAAACUUAGCUUUUUUUUUUUUCCAGUUGGAGUAGGAUCGAAUGAAAGUGACGGUAAUCCAAUCGAGAUUAAUGACUCAAUCAGUACACAAGAGUCUACAAUCUCUAUUUCCGAGGGCCACCAAAUAGCCUAAGAAAUGCCUCUGGGUGCCACCGAUAGGUUUCUUAAGGAGUAAGGAACUGUGUAAGAAACAGAAAAUAAAGAGAAAGCAAA